AGGAAAUCGCACCCAUCAUCAUCAUCUCUCAAAAAAAUUCCGCCAUGGAAACUCACCUCGCUAAGCAAUUAGCGCUUUAUAUAAAUCCUUUCAAACUCCACACCAUCUUCCUCCCUCCCGAAUGCUUCCCUCCAAAAUCCCACCGACCAAAUAUCCCUAGACGAAUCAGCUUUCGUCAGUUUCUGAUUCUGAUUUCUCCCAGCUAUAAUGUCUCACGAAAUCGUCCCCGUGGAUCCCAUCGAUGUCCCAAGCACGAGCUACUCACGGCCGAUUCUGGGUCGGGAAGAUUCGCCGGAACGCCGCCAGUUCACGAGAUCCCUCACUUUCCGGGAACACGUGUCGGAGCCAUUUGACAGCGAGAGGCUCCCGGCGACACUAGCCUCCGAGAUUCAGAGGUUUCUUCGUAUAGCCAACUUGGUUGAGUCUGAAGAACCUCGUAUUGCUUAUCUAUGCCGUUUUCAUGCUUUCGAGAUAGCUCACCACAUGGACAGAAAUUCAACGGGAAGAGGUGAUGAAGAUUUUACUGUGAGAAGAAGAAAGGAGAAGAGUGAUGUUAGGGAACUCAAACGUGUUUAUCAUGCUUACAAAGAGUACAUUAUCAAACAUGGUGCAGCCUUCAAUUUGGAUAAUAGUCAACGAGAGAAGUUGAUAAACGCAAGGAGAAUUGCUUCUGUCUUGUAUGAAGUUCUAAAGACAGUCACAAGUGGCGCAGGCCCUCAGGCCAUUGCGGAUAGAGAAAGCAUUCGAGCUAAAUCUGAAUUCUAUGUGCCAUAUAACAUUCUUCCUCUUGACAGAGGAGGUGUACACCAAGCAAUUAUGCAUCUGCCUGAGAUUAAAGCUGCUGUUGCAAUUGUACGCAACACUCGCGGGUUGCCUCCUCCAGAAGAGUUUCAGAGACACCAGCCUUUUGUGGAUUUGUUUGAGUUUCUGCAGUAUGCAUUUGGGUUCCAGAGUGGAAAUGUUGCUAAUCAGAGAGAGCAUAUGAUUCUACUACUCAGUAACACCAUUAUACGACAACCUCAGAAACAAUCUUCAGCACCAAAGUCUGGUGAUGAGGCAGUAGAUGCACUGAUGAAGAAGUUCUUCAAGAACUACACAAACUGGUGCAAGUUUCUUGGGAGAAAAAACAACAUCAGGUUGCCUUAUGUGAAACAGGAAGCCCUACAAUAUAAAACACUCUACAUUGGACUCUACCUUCUCAUUUGGGGAGAAGCUUCGAAUUUGAGGUUCAUGCCUGAGUGCUUGUGUUAUAUUUUCCAUCAAAUGGCUUAUGAAUUACAUGGAGUUUUAACCGGUGACGUGAGUCUGAUAACUGGGGAGAAGGUCGCUCCAGCAUAUGGUGGAGGAAACGAAUCUUUCCUUGAGAAAGUAGUUACCCCAAUAUACAGAGUUAUCGAAAAGGAAGCUGAGAAGAACAAGAACGGAACUGCUGAUCAUUCUAUGUGGAGAAACUACGAUGAUCUGAACGAGUUCUUCUGGUCUGUUGACUGCUUCGAAAUAGGUUGGCCAAUGCGCUCAGAACACGAUUUUUUCUGUGUAGAAUCGUCAGACACCAGUAAACCAGGGAGAUGGAGAGGAAUGCUUAGGUUUCGUAAGCAGACGAAGAAAACAGAUGAAGAAGUGGAGGAUGACGAAGAACUUGGGGCUAUCAGUGAGGAACAGACUACGUCAACACCAAGAUGGCUGGGGAAGACAAAUUUUGUAGAGACUCGUUCCUUCUGGCAAAUAUUCCGGAGCUUUGACAGAAUGUGGAGUUUCUUUGUUUUGUCUCUACAGGCAUUGAUAAUUAUGGCUUGUCAUGAUGUGGGAUCUCCACUCCAAAUUUUCAACGCCAACAUAUUUGAAGAUGUCAUGAGCAUUUUCAUUACUUCUGCAAUUAUAAAGCUUUUAAAAGGUAUUCUUGACAUAGUCUUCAAGUGGAAAGCGAGAAACACAAUGCCGAUCAAUGAAAAGAAGAAGCAGAUGGUGAAGUUGGGUCUUGCUGCAAUGUGGACUAUUAUUCUACCAGUGCUGUAUUCUCAUUCAAGAAGGAAAUACAUUUGUUAUUUCACAAAUUACAAAACCUUGCUUGGUGAAUGGUGUUUUUCUCCUUACAUGGUGGCAGUCACGAUAUACUUGACAGGAAGUGCGAUUGAGUUGGUCUUGUUCUUUGUUCCUGCCAUCAGCAAAUACAUUGAGACUUCUAAUCAUCGCAUCUUCAAAACUUUGUCUUGGUGGGAACAGCCUAGGUUAUACGUUGGUCGAGGAGUGCAAGAAACUCAGAUAUCACAGUUCAAAUACACCUUCUUUUGGAUUCUGGUUCUCAUAACCAAAUUUGCUUUCAGCUAUGCAUUUGAGAUAAAACCUCUAAUAGAACCUACAAGACUGAUAAUGAAAGUCGGCGUGCGGAAUUAUGAAUGGCAUGAACUUUUCCCAGAAGUUAAGAGUAACGCUGCUGCAAUUGUUGCAGUGUGGGCGCCAAUCAUGGUGGUCUAUUUCAUGGAUACACAAAUAUGGUAUUCGGUUUUCUGUACUAUCUUUGGUGGGCUGUAUGGAGUUCUGCAUCACCUUGGUGAGAUUCGAACUUUAGGCAUGUUGAGAGGCCGGUUUCAUACUUUACCUUCUGCUUUCAAUGCAUCCCUUAUCCCACACUCAACUAAAGAUGAGAAAAGGAGAAGACAAAGAGGCUUUUUCCCCUUCAAUUUAGGCAGGGGGUCAGAAAGCCAGAAAAAUAGUAUGGCCAAGUUUGUCUUGGUCUGGAACCAAGUCAUUAACAGUUUCAGAACAGAGGAUCUGAUAAGUAACAAGGAACUAGAUUUGAUGACGAUGCCAAUGUCAUCGGAGGUAUUAUCAGGGAUCAUACGUUGGCCCAUUUUCCUCCUUGCAAAUAAGUUUUCAACAGCUCUGAGCAUUGCAAAAGAUUUUGACGAGAAGGAUGAGGUUCUCUAUCGAAGGAUCCGGAGAGACGAGUACAUGUACUAUGCAGUAAAAGAAUGCUAUGAAUCAUUGAAGUACAUUCUUCAGAUUCUUGUUAUUGGUGAUCUCGAGAAAAAGAUUAUAUCUGGCAUAAUAAACGAGAUAGAGGAAAGCAUCAGACAGUCAAGUUUGCUUGAAGAAUUUAAGAUGAAAGAGCUCCCAGCGUUGCAUCAGAAAUGUAUUGAGCUGGUUCAACUUCUGGUUGAGGGAAGUGAAGAGCAGCUCCAGGCUGAGAAAAUUGAAGAGAAGCAUAGUAAACUUGUAAAGGCCCUUCAAGAUAUAUUUGAGCUUGUAACAAAUGAUAUGAUGGUACAUGGUGACAGAAUUCUGGAUUUGCUAAAGUCGCGAGAAGGGUCAGAAGAGGAAACAGAGAUUUUUAUGAGAGUAAUAGAACCACAGUUGUUUGAAUCGUAUGGAGGAAUGAGAUGCAUUCAUUUUCCGUUGCCAGAUAGUGCUUCAUUGAGUGAACAGGUCCAGCGUUUUCUGCUACUGUUAACCGUCAGAGAUAGUGCAAUGGACAUACCAGAGAACUUAGAAGCUCGAAGACGCAUAUCUUUCUUUGCUACUUCUCUCUUCAUGGAUAUGCCAGACGCUCCUAAAGUACGCAAUAUGAUGUCAUUCAGUGUUUUGACACCGCAUUACCAAGAGGAUAUUAACUUUUCAACGAAGGAACUACAUUCCACCAAGUCUAGCGUGUCAAUCAUUUUUUAUAUGCAGAAGAUUUUUCCAGAUGAAUGGAAAAACUUUCUGGAGCGAAUGGGAUGUGAGAAUUUGGACGAGUUAAAAAGAAACGGUAAAGAAGAAGAGCUUCGAAACUGGGCAUCAUUUCGUGGACAAACAUUGAGUAGAACAGUCCGUGGUAUGAUGUAUUGUCGAGAAACUCUGAAAUUGCAGGCCUUCCUUGACAUGGCAGAUGAUGAGGAUAUCCUUGAAGGAUAUGACGGCGUGGAGAGAAGUAACCGACCUUUAGCUGCACAACUUGAUGCGUUAGCAGACAUGAAAUUCACAUAUGUUGUGUCUUGCCAAAUGUUUGGAGCUCAAAAAUCAGCCGGGGAUCCUCACGCACAAGACAUACUCGACCUGAUGAUAAAGUACCCAUCUCUACGUGUUGCAUACGUUGAGGAGAGGGAAGAAAUAGUGUUGGAUAAUCCAGAGAAGGUUUACUACUCUAUAUUGGUUAAAGCUGUCAACGGUUUCGAUCAGGAAAUAUACCGUGUCAAACUUCCUGGACCACCUAACAUCGGAGAGGGGAAGCCUGAGAAUCAAAAUCACGCCAUAGUUUUCACUCGAGGUGAAGCACUUCAGACAAUUGAUAUGAACCAAGAUAACUAUCUGGAAGAGGCUUUCAAAAUGAGAAAUCUGCUCCAAGAAUUUCUUCGGAACCGUGGAAGAAGACCUCCAACAAUUCUUGGGUUAAGGGAACACAUCUUCACCGGAAGAGUUCGGUUUCACUAUGGACAUCCUGAUGUCUUUGACAGAAUAUUUCACAUAACAAGGGGUGGUAUCAGUAAAGCAUCAAGAACUAUUAACUUAAGCGAGGACGUUUUCGCCGGUUAUAACACCACCCUACGACGAGGAUGCAUAACCUACAAUGAGUACCUCCAAGUUGGAAAAGGUCGUGAUGUUGGCCUCAAUCAGAUCUCAAAGUUUGAGGCCAAAGUGGCCAACGGAAAUAGCGAGCAGACUAUUAGCCGUGACAUAUACCGUUUAGGACAACGGUUUGAUUUCUUCAGGAUGCUGUCCUGUUAUUUCACAACCAUUGGAUUCUACGUUAGUAGCUUGAUCUCUGUGAUCGGGAUCUAUAUAUAUCUCUAUGGUCAACUCUACCUCGUGCUCAGUGGGUUGCAGAAGACACUUAUUCUUGAGGCCAAGGUGAAGAACAUAAAAUCAUUAGAGACAGCACUUGCCUCUCAGUCAUUUCUCCAGCUAGGUCUCUUGACCGGUUUACCAAUGGUGAUGGAGAUUGGAUUGGAGAAAGGAUUCCUCAUAGCCUUUCAAGAUUUCAUACUCAUGCAGCUUCAGCUUGCUGCAUUCUUCUUCACUUUCUCUCUAGGAACCAAAACGCAUUACUUCGGCAGAACAAUACUCCAUGGAGGCGCCAAAUACAGACCCACGGGGCGUAAAGUGGUGGUGUUCCACGCCAACUUCAGCGAAAACUACAGAUUAUACUCGCGGAGCCAUUUCAUCAAAGGGUUUGAGCUCAUCAUUCUUCUGGUGGUCUAUGAGCUGUUCAAGCAUACAUCUCAAAGCAACAUGGCUUACUCGUUCAUCAGUUUCUCAGUGUGGUUCAUGUCACUCACUUGGUUAUGCGCCCCGUUUCUAUUCAACCCUUCAGGCUUCACCUGGGAGAUAAUAGUCGGUGACUGGAGAGAUUGGAACAGGUGGAUCAAGGAGCAAGGUGGGAUUGGGAUUCAGCAAGACAAGAGCUGGCAAUCUUGGUGGAACGAUGAGCAAGCCCAUCUCCGUGGCUCUGGUGUCGGAGCUCGCUGUUUAGAGAUCAUUUUGUCUCUCAGGUUCUUUGUGUAUCAGUACGGUUUGGUCUAUCACCUUGACAUCACCCAAAGCAGCACAAAUAUCAUUGUCUACGCUCUUUCUUGGGUUGUGAUUCUCGCCACCUUUCUAACAGUCAAGGCCGUAGACUUAGGGAGGCAACUGUUCAGCACAAGAAAGCAUCUCGUGUUUCGGUUCUUCAAAGUGUUCGUCUUCGUGAGCAUUUUAACAGUCAUUAUCACUCUAUCAAACAUAUGCCACCUCUCUCUCAAGGACCUUAUAGUCUCUUGCUUAGCUUUCUUGCCUACCGGUUGGGGUCUGAUUCUGAUUGCACAAGCUGUUAGGCCAAAGAUAGAAGGGACAAGCUUGUGGGAGUUCACACAGGUUCUUGCUCGAGCGUAUGACUACGGAAUGGGAGUUGUUCUGUUUGCACCAAUGGCUAUCUUAGCAUGGCUUCCUAUCAUUUCUGCGUUUCAAACGCGGUUUCUCUUCAACGAAGCGUUCAACAGAAGGCUUCAGAUUCAACCUAUUCUUGCAGGGAAGAAGAAGAAAUAGAUGGAUAUGGCCUCCUCUCUUCUUUGCUUUGUACAUCUUGUAACUAUUUCACUUAUUAAUUCCUCUGUACAAAAAUCUUAAUCCAUUCAAAAUGUUGAUAUUUAAACCGGUCUGAACCGAACUCGAAGAUGCCUCAACUGAAGCGCAUCAAAUUUUUGUAUGAUUUAAUCGGUACUUUUCUUAAACGUGGAUUAAACCGAG